AUGGCAUCAUCAACCUCCUCCUCCGCCGCCGUUCCCGGCAACGUCCUCAUCAUCGGCGCCACGGGCGUCAUCGGCCAGUACAUCACCUCGGCCAUCAUCUCCAGCGGCGUCGCGGCUAAAGUCACAAUCUUCACAUCCCCUUCCACUGCGGCCGCCGCCCCGGGCACCCCGAAGCACAAGCUGCUGAGCGAGUGGAAGUCGACGGGGAAAGUGCACGUCGUCACGGGCGACGUCAACAACGCCGACGACAUCCGCGCGGCGUACCGCGGGCAGAACACCGUCGUGUCGGCGCUGGGGCGCGACUCGCUGCUCAGCCAGAUCGAGCUGCUGCGGAUCGCCGAGGAGGACCAAGACAGCAGUGUGCAGUGGUUCCUCCCCAGCGAGUACGGCACGGACAUUGAGUACGACGCCGUCAAGAGCCCGCAUGAGAAGCCGCACCAGAACAAGCUCAAGGUCCGCGCCUUCGUCAGGGACCACAUAAAGAGGCUCAAGGUCACCUAUGUCGUGACCGGCCCGUAUCUGGACAUGUUCCUCGCCCUGAGCCCCGUGCCAGAGGCCCAGGCGAACGGCGGGUACGAUGUCGCGGGCAAGAGGGCUGUCGUUGUUGGGGACGGGGAGGGCAAGGUUGGAUUCACGAGCAUGCCCGAUGUGGGCAAGUUUGUCGUCGCAGCCCUCCGGCACCCGGAAGCAGCGUACGGCAAGGCCCUCAAGGUGCAGUCUCUGGUCACCACGCCCAACGCCAUCCUGCAAGAGUUUGAGAAGCAGACGUCCUCCAAGUGGCAGGUCGAACACACUCCGCUCGACAAGCUCCGCCAACUCGAGGAACAGAGCUGGCAGGCCGGCAAACCGUACGCCACAGGCUUCACGCUGCGUCGCAUCUGGGGCGAGGGCGGCACGCUCUACGAAAAGACAGACAAUGAGUCGCUAGGUGUCAAGGACGAAGAUCUCGAGUCGUUGAGCACGAUUGUAGGACGAGCAGUCAGAGGCGAAGGAUGGUAA